AUGCCUCCCUACCAGCUGGUUUAUGGUAAGGCCUAUCACUUGUCAAUGGAGUUAGAGCACAGAGCAUAUUGGGCAACAAAUUUUUUGAACUUUGAUGCCAAGGCCACAGGAGAAAAGAGGCUGCCCCAGCUGAAUGAGCUUGUUGAGUCCAGAAACUAUGCUUAUGAGAAUCAUGCUAAGCUUUACAAGGAAAAAGCCAAAAAGUGGCAUGAUAAAAGGAUAGCCACAAGAGUGUUUGAGCCAGGCCAGAGGGUUCUCCUAUUCAACUCCCAGCUCAAGCUCUUUCCAGGAAAGCUCAAAUCCCAGUGGUCAGGACCUUUUGUGGUCACCGAAGUAUCACCUUAUGGUCAUGUGAAACUUUAA